AUGGCCCUUCAGGAAGUCACUCCGUCUUCCUCCGCCCCUGCCUCCUCUCCCUCCCCCGCCUCCCCCGCUUUUCCUACCCCUUCUCGCCUCGAUCCCCCCUCUCCGUACCUCCCAUCCCCGCUCGGUGCCUCUUCCGCGGGUCCCGCGCCCGACAACCCCAUUUCCCCGCGAUUCUGCUCCCCGCGCGCAAUCUCUCCCCCGCCGCUUCCGCCUCCCGUUCCCCCGUCCCUCUGGGCGCGCGUGGAGCGCACGAUCAACUCACUGUGCCACAACCGCUGGCUGGGGCUCAUCUGCGGGCUAUGGCUGCUCGCGUGCGCGGGGAGCUCCGCGACGUUCGCGAUCUACUCGCCGGCGCUUAAAGCCGUCGGCGGGUACAACCAGCGAGAGGUGGACGGGCUCGCGGUGGCGAAGGACAUGGGCGAGAGCGUGGGGUUACUGCCGGGGCUGCUGUGCGACGCGCUGCCCGUGUGGGCGCUCGUGCUCGUCGGGUCGCUGCACUAUCUCGUCGGCUUUAGCGGGCUCUUCGCCGUCGCCACUCAGCGGAUUCUGCCGCUGCCGUUCUGGCAGAUGUGCGGGCUGAUGCUGAUGGGGUCGCAGGGCACGGCGUGGUUCAACACGGCGGUGCUCGUCACGUGCGUGCGCAACUUCCCGCGCUCGCGCGGCUCGGUGGUGGGGCUACUUAAAGGCGUCGUGGGGCUGUCGGGGGCCAUCUUCACGCAGGUGUACGCCGCGCUCAUCGCGCCGGAUCAGGCGGCGUACCUCGGGUUCAUCGCCAUCGUGCCGCCGCUCGUGUCGCUCCCCGCCAUGACGUUCCUCAGGCCGUCGAAGCGGCUGCGCGCGGGGCACUGCACGGCGCACGAGACGGAGCGCGACGUGCGGCGGCGCGAGGAGCACGAGGCGCAGACGCUGCACACGUUCCUGGUGAUCGCGCUGGGGCUCGCGGCGUACCUGCUGCUCGCCAUGCUGCUCCACGACAGCAACUCCUCGCAACAGGUGCGGCGACGGGCGGGGUGGAGGUGGGCAAGGGGCAAUGGGAAAAGGGGGGAAAUGGGGAAAUGGGGAAGUGGAGAGAUGGGAGAGUGCUGUAAUGGGGAAUCGGAAAGAGGGAGGAGGGAGGAGUGGAGGAGAGGGAGAGGGGCGGAGGAAGUGGGGGAGAUAAGUAUGGACCGGGGUGGUUGGCUCCCUCUCUCCUCCACCUCGGAUGCUCGCUAUCGCCACCAACACACAUCCAACUCACCAUUCCCCCUCUUCCUCCGUCUGCCCGUCCGUCUUGCGUACCCAUUCUCCCUUCCUUCCCCCCAACCCGUUCCCCUCUUCCUUCCCCCCAACUCGCCCCCCACGCUCUCCCGCAACCCGUCCUCCCCUCUUGUGCAGUUCAACCGCGGCAUUCUCGCGGGCAUGGUGUCCUUCCUGCUGCUGCCGCUCGCCACCUUCCUCCCCCCGCUCGUCCCCACCUCCUCCGCGCUCCCCUCCACCGCGCUCACCCCCACCGCCUCCGUCACUCCCCCCAAGUCCCGCCGCCCCUCCGCGGAAGAUGGGGGCGCAGGCGAGGGGGGGCUGGAGAGGAGUCGGACGUGGGACGGCGGGGAGGCGGGGGCAGCAGCGGGGGCAGCGGGAGCAGGGGGGGCGGGGGGAGCGGGAGGUGGGGAGGCGAGGGAGGAGCGGGCAGUGAUGCUGGGAAGCUUCCUGGAGGAUGAGUCACUUCUGGGGGGGGACAGGCGCGGCAGGGAGGGGGAGGGGACGGGGGGCGGGUUCCGGGGGGGAGUGUUGGAGCGCAGUGAGAGCUACGACUCUCUGCUGUCGGACAUCAGCCGCGUCAGCUCCCUCGCUGACCUCCAGUCCUACUUCGCUCGCGGAGGAGGAGGAGGAGGGGGCGCGCUAGGAAUGCCCUCGCCCAUCGGCAUGGGCAUGGGCAUGGGUGGCGGUGGUGCCAUGGGGGGUGCUUCGGGUGCUUAUUGGGCGACGGAGGGGAGCAGCAGCAGCAGCAUGGGCGCGGGUGGAGGGUCGUCGGGUGUGUUCCUCGCAGUCCAGGGCGUGGGGGGCAGCAGCAGUCCCAUGGGCAGUCAGCAGGCAGGGAGCUGUAGCAGCACGGGAGGAUAUUAUUACCCUCCGUCAGGCUCCAUCCCCUCCGCCUCCGCCUCCUCCUCCUCCGCCCUCUCACUGGCGCCUCCCAGGGCCAGGCCGGUCUUCUCACAAUCCACCUUCUCCCCGCCCGCGCCUGCCUUCACCAUUGGCACCUCCCCCCCGCCUCCCUCGCUCACCCUCGCUGCUCCCUCCGCGACCUCUGCUGCUGCACCUGCAGCUUCUGCUGGCGCUGCUGCCACAGUUCCACCUGCAGGUGCAGCAACAGGUGCGAGCCUUACCAGCGGUACUGCUACUACUACUGCUGCGUCCUCCCUGCGCAGCCCUGUGGGACUGGCAGCGGCCCUGGCACCAGCGUCACAGCGCUUCUCCUCGCUCCGCCCCCCUGCACAAGGGAGCACCUCUGACUCGGCGCGCAAGGAAGCGCCGGCGUCCCCAUCUAUGGGUGCUGGCGGUGCUGGGGACGUGUUGAAAGAGCCGCUCUUGAUGCGGCAGCAGCAGGAGGAGGAGGGGGAGGGGGCAAGGCGGGGACCUGGGCCAGUCGCCGGAGCAGCAGCAGCAGCAACAGCAGCAGCAGCGCCAUCCGCACUGCCUUCCCCUCCACCCAGCACCACCGCCUCCUCCCACUUCUCCUUCCUCUCCCGCUGCCUCCCCAUCUCCUGUUGGCCCCUCCGCCCGUCCACCAGCCUCCCAACGCAGCAGCAGCUUCAGCAACACCAUCACCACCACCACACAGAGGAGGAGCGGCGGCGCAAGCAAGCAGAACUACUACUGGCAGUGGGUGAGGGAGCAGUGCGCGUGGGAGGGGGCAGGCGCCGGUCAGGGCCGAGAAGAGGGCAGGACUUCACUCUGCAGCAGGCGGCAGUGAAGGCGGAUUUCUGGCUGCUGUUUGUGUCGUUCCUGUGCGGUACGGGCAGCGGGCUGACGGCGAUUAACAACCUGGCGCAGAUGGGCGCGGCACAGGGGUACUCGAGUGUGCGUGUGUUCCUGUCGCUGCUCAGCGUCAGCAACUUCGUGGGGCGGCUGCUGGCGGGAUAUGCAUCGGAGCAUGUGGUCAAGGAUCACAUGCUCCCGCGCCCCGUGCUUCUCCUGCUAGCGCAAUCCCUCAUGGCCGUAGGCCACAUCUUCUUUGCCCUGGCAUUCCCCUCCUCGCUGCAUCUGGGGUCGGUGAUAGUGGGGCUGUGCUACGGCGUGCACUGGUCCAUCAUGCCGGCCACGGCCAGUGAAAUCUUUGGCCUCAAGCACUUCGGCAUGCUCUACAACACGCUCACCGCCGCCUGCCCCAUGGGCUCGUUUGUCUUUUCUGGGAUGAUUGCGGGGUAUUUCAGCGCCAGCAGCAGCAGCAGUGUGGUGACACAGAGCAUGAGCACCGUGGGCAGCGGCGGUCUGCAUGGGGCGGAGUGGCCAGUGUCAGACAAGGUCGAGGAGUGCUACGGCGCGCACUGCUUCCGCCUCACAUUCUUCAUCAUGGCCGCGGUGUGCCUGCUCGGGGUGUGCUUGAACCUCAUCCUUAUUCUGCGCACCCGUGUCGUGUAUGCGUCACUGUAUGCCCAGCCGGAUGCAAAGGCGCAGAAAGAGGAGGCAGAGGUGCGGGCUGCUGCAAGAGAAGUGGUUUCAGCAGCAGCUGCUGCUGCACGGAGGGCCCGAUACGUCCCCACAGGCCACACGCUCGGUCGCGGCGCCUUUGGCACCGUUCGCGUGUGCCGAGACUCCGCAACAGGCGGCGAGGUCGCAGUCAAGACAAUAUCGAAGCGGGUGUUAGCACUCGACAAUCCGGAUUUCGCGGAUGACUUCCGCCAGGAGGUGGCAAUCAUGCGGCUCGUCUCCCGCAGUGAAGUGAGUGGCGUGGUGCGGCUGCUGGAUGUGCGGGAAUCGCGCGACCACGUGCAUCUCGUCAUGGAGCGGUGCAACGCCGGGUCGCUCUCGGCCCUGAUCAAGUCGCGCCAACGGCUACCUGAGCAUGAGGCUGCUGACGUCAUCAGGCAGCUGCUGACGACAGUAGCAGGGCUUCACAAAAUAGGAGUGAUCCACCGCGACUUAAAGCCGGAGAACGUGCUGCUGUGUUGCAGCAAUACUAGCUGCAUGACCACUGCUGACUGCCAGACUUGCAGUCGAACGGGAAUAGACGCGAUCAGCGGUGUUUCUAGCAACAGCGGCGACACAGCGCGCGAGGAUUGCGCAGAGAGAGGACGGCGGAGAAGCGAAGAUAGCAGUUGCUCGAACAGCGAGAGCGGCAGCACCAGCGCUAGCGCCAGCGGCAGCCCUAGGGUACCCUCCUGCCCGAGCGGCGGCAGUUGCGACGACAGUGCUUGCAGCAAUGGCGGAUGCAGUUGGCCGAGCAGUCGUGGCGGCGCGAGAUCCUUAUGCCACUGGAGCGUAAAGCUCGCGGAUUUCGGCCUCGCCGUCUGCCUCCCCGCGCCGUCCGCGCAGAUCCGCGGAGUGGCGGGCACGGCGUUCUACAUGGCGCCGGAAGUGGCGCGCGGGCGGCUGUACGGGCGGGAGGCGGACAUGUGGUCGCUGGGCGUGGUGCUCCACGUGCUGCUGUCCGGCCGCCUCCCUUUCUACGGACGCACCGAGGACGAAACGCGGAAAAAGGCAUGUGCGGGCCACGUGGUGUUCUCAGAUAAGUACUGGGCGGGAGUGUCUGGGGCAGCGCGGCAGGCGGUGCUGCAGAUGCUGACGGUGGAGCCAAGGUGGCGGGCGACAGCUGAACAGGUGCUGCACUGUGACUGGCUGAGGGAAACAGGGCAAUGCUGA